CAGGCGGCUCUCCAUGCUGUAGCAGGGCAGGCGCUGCCUGCAGGUGAGCAGGCUGAGGCUGGGCUCUCUGAGCCCGGCAGCUUUUGCUCCUGGUUUCUUAUUGACUGACUCGGCAAUAAGGGAAGAUCGCCGCGGGAGAAGAGCAGGAAAGCAUAUGCUGGGCUCCAGUGCAGACAGUCGCCUCAGCAGCAAGUCAGUAAGUCAGACUGCACCAUUUUCUUCUCACCCUGCAUAAAGGCAAUGUGAGAAGCUGAAGAGAGCUGCCCCCUCCCCCACCUGGUGGUGAUGCUGAAGUGGAGCCUUCCUCCCAGUCAGAAGACACAGCCCAUCUGGAGGAAUCCCCAAAGACCUUUCCGAUUUGGUGAUGUGUGUUUAAAGGUCGAUUUUUCUUUUUUAUUUUUUUUUUCCCUUCCUUUUUUUUCCUACCAGCUAAGUCUGAAGCUUGUCUUCACUUGCAGUCACAGCCAAGCUGAAGAGGUUUCAGCCUGCUAGCAGAUAUUUGCCGGCUGCUCUCUGGUUGUUGUGUGUGUGGCUGCGAGCACUUUCGUGCAUUGCGUGUGUGGACGUGGCUCUCAUGCUUCUGAGUUAUGGGUGCUGCAGAGGCUGGGGCAAAGCUGUGACCUUUUCUGGAGUGCCGGACAAGGAAGAGUGGAUUACGCCGUGAAGUUCUGGCUUGCAGCCAGUGCCCUUGCAGGAAAAAUAAAUCACCUGGAUAUCUGCGUGCGGUGAAAACGGCUUCCUUGGAGCUGGUGUUUUUCUCUCCAAAAUGGCUCAUGCAGCAGCUUCCAUUAAAAAAGUUCGAGAGUCUGAACUCGAAGAGCGGGAGAGAAACCUCGAGAAGGAAAGGAAAAGGCAGCGGAAAAUCUCUAGGGCAGAUCGGAAACGCAAGUCUGACAGCAAUGCAAGCUUUCUCCGAGCUGCCAGAGCUGGGAAUCUGGACAAAGUAGUGGAAUAUCUGAAAAGUGGAAUAGACAUUAACACAUGUAAUCAGAAUGGACUCAAUGCUCUGCACCUGGCGGCUAAAGAAGGCCAUGUGGGACUGGUACAAGAAUUAUUGGAAAGGGGGUCAGCUGUGGAUUCUGCCACUAAGAAAGGGAAUACAGCCCUGCACAUCGCAUCCUUAGCAGGACAAGCUGAAGUUGUCAAAGUUCUCGUCAAGGAAGGAGCCAAUAUUAAUGCACAAUCUCAGAAUGGCUUUACUCCCUUAUAUAUGGCAGCUCAAGAGAACCACAUUGAAGUGGUGAAAUAUCUCCUGGAGAAUGGAGCCAACCAGAGCACAGCUACUGAGGAUGGGUUCACUCCUCUAGCUGUCGCCCUGCAACAAGGACACAACCAGGCGGUGGCCAUCCUCCUGGAGAAUGACACCAAGGGGAAAGUGAGAUUACCCGCUCUGCAUAUUGCCGCUAGAAAAGACGACACCAAAUCAGCAGCGCUCCUACUGCAGAACGACCAUAACGCUGACGUGCAGUCCAAGAUGAUGGUGAAUAGGACGACUGAGAGUGGCUUUACACCUUUGCAUAUAGCCGCGCACUAUGGAAAUGUCAAUGUGGCAACGCUUCUGCUCAACCGAGGAGCUGCGGUCGAUUUCACAGCAAGGAAUGGAAUCACCCCACUGCAUGUGGCUUCCAAAAGGGGAAACACAAACAUGGUGAAGCUCUUGUUGGAUCGUGGAGGGCAGAUCGAUGCCAAAACCAGGGAUGGACUUACCCCUCUCCACUGUGCUGCAAGAAGUGGACAUGACCAAGUUGUGGAGCUGCUUCUGGAACGAGGUGCCCCACUGCUUGCAAGGACCAAGAACGGGCUCUCUCCACUUCACAUGGCAGCCCAGGGGGACCACGUGGAAUGCGUCAAACACCUACUGCAGCACAAAGCUCCCGUGGACGACGUCACGCUGGAUUACCUGACCGCCCUCCACGUGGCAGCCCACUGCGGUCACUACCGUGUCACCAAACUCCUUCUGGACAAGAGAGCAAAUCCCAAUGCUCGUGCCCUGAAUGGUUUUACUCCACUGCACAUUGCCUGCAAGAAAAAUCGCAUCAAAGUCAUGGAACUCCUGGUGAAAUAUGGGGCUUCAAUCCAGGCUAUAACAGAGUCGGGCCUCACACCAAUACACGUGGCUGCAUUUAUGGGCCACUUGAACAUAGUCCUCCUUCUGCUGCAGAACGGAGCCUCUCCCGAUGUCACUAACAUUCGUGGAGAAACUGCGCUGCACAUGGCGGCACGUGCUGGGCAGGUGGAAGUAGUUCGCUGCCUCCUGAGAAACGGGGCCCUGGUUGAUGCCCGAGCCAGGGAAGAACAGACUCCACUGCACAUUGCUUCUCGCUUGGGUAAAACGGAGAUCGUCCAGCUUCUGCUACAGCACAUGGCCCACCCCGAUGCCGCAACAACAAAUGGAUACACCCCGCUGCACAUCUCUGCCAGAGAGGGACAGGUUGAUGUUGCAUCUGUUCUCCUAGAGGCAGGUGCCUCGCACUCCAUGUCCACCAAAAAGGGAUUCACACCUCUGCAUGUGGCGGCCAAAUAUGGGAGCCUGGAAGUGGCGAAACUCCUGCUGCAGCGCCGUGCCUCUCCCGAUUCAGCUGGCAAGAACGGCCUCACCCCCCUGCACGUGGCCGCACACUACGACAACCAGAAGGUGGCGCUGCUGCUGCUGGAGAAGGGCGCCUCGCCCCACGCGACCGCCAAGAAUGGAUACACCCCUCUGCAUAUUGCUGCCAAGAAGAAUCAAAUGCAGAUAGCUACCACUCUGUUGAACUAUGGGGCUGAGACAAACAUUUUGACCAAGCAGGGAGUCACCCCACUUCAUCUGGCCUCCCAAGAAGGUCACACUGACAUGGUGACCUUGCUUUUGGAGAAAGGAGCCAAUAUCCACGUGGCAACAAAGACUGGACUGACAUCCUUACACCUUGCAGCUCAAGAGGAUAAAGUGAAUGUAGCUGAAAUACUGACCAAACAUGGUGCAAACCAAGAUGCUCAGACAAAGCUUGGUUAUACACCUUUAAUUGUUGCGUGUCACUAUGGAAACAUCAAAAUGGUGAAUUUUCUUCUCAAGCAGGGAGCAAAUGUCAAUGCUAAAACAAAGAAUGGGUACACACCUCUCCACCAAGCUGCUCAGCAAGGCCACACUCACAUCAUUAACGUUCUUCUCCAACAUGGAGCCAAGCCCAACGCCAUCACCACUAAUGGGAACACUGCCUUAGCUAUCGCGAGGCGCCUGGGAUACAUCUCAGUGGUCGAUACGCUGAAGGUUGUAACGGAGGAGAUUACUACUACCACAACUACUGUAACAGAGAAGCACAAGCUAAAUGUGCCUGAGACGAUGACUGAGGUCCUGGAUGUUUCAGAUGAAGAAGCCUUUAAACACUCUGAUGAUGAGCGCUUCAGUGAUGGUGAAGCCUAUAGUGGCACAGGUGCUGUUAGCAGAAGCUCAUGGAGUGAUGACACAAUGACAGGAGAUGGAGGAGAGUACCUUAGGCCAGAAGACCUCAAAGAACUAGGAGAUGACUCUUUACCAAGCAGCCAGUUCUUGGAUGGUAUGAACUACUUAAGGUACAGCUUGGAAGGAGGACGAUCUGACAGCCUGCGAUCCUUCAGUUCAGACAGGUCCCACACUUUGAGCCAUGCCUCCUACCUGAGGGACAGUGCCAUGAUUGACGACACGGUUGUAAUCCCCAGCCAGCAGGUAACAACUCUGGCCAAAGAAGCUGAAAGGAAUUCGUGUCGAUUAAGCUGGGGCCCUGAAAACUUGGACAAUGUGGCUCUUUCUUCCAGCCCUAUUCACUCAGGCUGCAUGGCUGCAAAAAAGGAGGCUGGAUCCUUGCUAACAAGAUGCUCUUCUCCAUGUCUUGAUCAUGACAACAGCAGCUUCCUGGUUAGUUUUAUGGUGGAUGCCCGCGGGGGUGCCAUGAGAGGCUGCAGGCACAACGGACUCCGGAUCAUCAUCCCUCCGCGGAAAUGCACGGCUCCAACUCGGGUGACUUGCCGGUUGGUGAAACGCCACAGGUUGGCCACCAUGCCUCCCAUGGUGGAAGGCGAAGGUCUGGCCAGCCGCCUCAUCGAAGUUGGACCUUCUGGUGCUCAGUUUCUUGGUAAACUUCAUCUGCCUACGGCUCCUCCCCCACUUAAUGAGGGAGAAAGCUUGGUCAGCCGAAUCCUUCAGCUGGGGCCUCCUGGGACCAAAUUCCUUGGGCCUGUGAUUGUGGAGAUUCCCCAUUUUGCUGCUCUGCGUGGGAAAGAGAGGGAGCUGGUGAUCCUGCGCAGUGAGAAUGGGGACAGCUGGAAGGAGCAUUUCUGUGAAUACACUGAGGAUGAACUGAAUGAAAUCCUGAAUGGGAUGGAUGAAGUACUUGACGCUCCAGAGGAGCUGGAGAAGAAACGUAUCUGCCGCAUCAUCACCCGAGAUUUCCCUCAGUACUUUGCAGUGGUGUCCCGCAUCAAACAGGACAGCAACCUUAUCGGCCCCGAGGGAGGGGUGCUCAGCAGCACUGUUGUUCCACAAGUGCAGGCGGUCUUCCCAGAAGGGGCUCUAACCAAACGAAUUCGUGUUGGCCUCCAGGCUCAACCUAUGCAUACUGAACUGAUAAAGAAGAUUUUAGGCAACAAGGCUACCUUCAGUCCUAUAGUCACACUGGAGCCCAGGAGAAGGAAGUUCCAUAAACCCAUCACGAUGACGAUUCCUGUCCCCAAGGCCUCCAGUGAUGGGAUCAUGAAUGGUUAUGGAGGCGACACACCCACUUUAAGAUUACUAUGCAGCAUAACAGGAGGCACCACCCCUGCCCAAUGGGAAGACAUCACUGGAACAACCCCGCUGACAUUCGUUAAUGAAUGUGUUUCCUUCACAACAAACGUGUCUGCCAGAUUUUGGUUGAUAGACUGUCGACAGACACAAGAAUCUGUUACUUUUGCUUCCCAAGUGUACAGAGAGAUUAUCUGUGUCCCCUACAUGGCCAAAUUUGUCGUGUUUGCCAAAUCACAUGAUCCCAUUGAAGCACGGUUAAGAUGUUUUUGCAUGACAGAUGACAAGGUGGAUAAAACUCUAGAACAACAAGAAAACUUUUCUGAAGUUGCCAGAAGCAGAGAUGUAGAGGUAUUAGAAGGAAAACCCAUCUAUGUUGACUGCUUUGGCAAUUUGGUGCCACUAACAAAGAGUGGGCAACACCAUAUAUUCAGUUUUUUUGCCUUCAAAGAAAACAGACUUCCUCUGUUUGUUAAGGUGCGAGAUACCACUCAAGAACCCUGUGGACGAUUAUCAUUCAUGAAGGAGCCAAAAUCUACAAGAGGCCUCGUUCAUCAAGCCAUAUGUAAUUUAAACAUCACUUUACCUGUUUACACAAAGGAAUCAGAAUCAGAUCAAGAACAAGAAGAAGAGGUUGAUAUGACUUCAGAAAAAAAUGACGAGACAGAGUCUACAGAAACAUCUAUCCUGAAAAGCCAUCUGGUUAAUGAAGUCCCUGUGCUAGCCAGUCCAGACCUGUUGUCUGAAGUUUCUGAGAUGAAACAAGAUUUGAUCAAAAUGACUGCCAUCUUGACAACUGACCCUUCUGAUAAAUCAGGCUCCAUUAAAGUGAAAGAUCUUGGUAAACCCACUGAAGAAGAGCCAGGAGAGCCUUUUGAAAUAGUUGAAAGAGUGAAAGAAGACUUAGAAAAAGUAAAUGAAAUUCUAAGAGGUGGUUCCUACACCAGAGAAGAACAUGUUUUGCAGAAGUCCCUUUCCAGACAAGAAUUUGUAGAGGAAGAAUGGGUCAUUGUCAGUGAUGAUGAAAUUGAAGAGGCCAGAAGAAAUGCUCCUUUAGAAGUCACUGAACCUACCUGUGUAGAAGUCAGGGUAGACGAAGGGACAACAAAAAUGGAGAAGCCAGACAUGACAGGAGCGGUAGAUUACCUUACAGAGGAUUUAAAAACAUAUGUCUCUCUUCAUGAGGUACAGCCACAAGGCUUACAAGAAGACUUAGUAGAAGAAAGAUUUGAAGCUGUAGUAAUAAGCAGGGAUUCUGAAAAAGAAGGACAAAAAUCAACAACUGAAACAAGUCCACAGGAGGAACACAAGCCAGCCUUAGAAUUGAAAAAGCCGGUCAGGACAAAAUUAAGAGACAAGCCAAAACAAAAGGAAGGCAAGAUGCACAUCAGUGAAGAAAAACCAAGACUAACAAAGCCCACUUCAGAUGUGUCACUAGGUGGAGAACCUGGCUUAACACCAACAGCUGCUCCUGAGGCUAAAGCUGUAUCCCCUGUUAUAGAGGAAACUCCUAUUGGCUCAAUAAAAGAUAAAGUUAAAGCUCUUCAGAAACGAGUAGAAGAUGAACAAAAAAUACGGUCAAAACUACCUGUCAGAGUUCAAACAAGAGAAGGCACUGCGGAAAAGGCUUCUAAAAAGCCAGUACAAGUCAAAAAACCAGUAGCACACAAAGCACAACCACCUGUUUCACCUUCUUCUAAGACAGAAAGACUUGAAGAGACCAUGUCAGUUCGUGAACUGAUGAAAGCCUUCCAGUCAGGUCAAGACCCAUCCAAGAAUAUAUCUGGACUGUUCGAGCACAAAUCUGUCAAACAGAAGCAACAGCCCCCUGAGAAGGAAACAACCCGGAGAAAAACCAUUACUUCACAAAGUGAAACAAGGCAAGUAUCAAGCCACAAGACAGACAAACAGAAGGACAAACAAAGCACGAUAUUAAAAGCAGAGAAAGAGCCACAAUCAAAAAAAGGAAAGAUGCAAAUUUCUGCUGUCAAAAUUACCAAAAAAACUGUGGGUAAAGACCAGGUAAAGGAACAGAGUAGCAAAAAACCAGCUGAACCUCUUCCUCCAGUAUUUGAUGAUGAAAGAGCCAAAGAUAAAGCAGUUGUGAAGGGCAGGACUUCUGAUGACCAAGUUGAUACUGACUUCCAAAUCAGCCCUGACAGAAAAACCUCAACAGACUUUUCAGAUGUAAUCAAAGAAGAACUGGAGGAUAAUGACAAAUAUCAACAGUUCCGACACCUUUCAGUGACAGAGGAGGGAGAGCUUAACCUGGAGCAAGUACUGACUAGUCCUUUCAGUGUUGCUUUCCCCACAGAGUACGUGAAAGACGGAUUCCUUCCUGCUCUUUCUCUGCAGAGUGCUGCUUUUGAGGGGAGCUCAGAGAGCCUUAAACACGAAGGUGUGGCUGAUUCUCCAGGUAGCCUACUUGACGGAACCCCUCAGAUCAGCUCUGAGGACAGUUAUAAGCACGAGGGUCUGGCAGAGACUCCAGAAACAAGCCCUGAAAGCCUUUCGUUCUCACCGAAGAAAACCGAUGUGCAAAUUGAUGAAGCUAAAGGAGCAGCUAAAGCACACACAACAGCAGAAACACAUUCUCGGAAGGAACUGUCUCCAAAGGAAGAUAAAAAAGGUAUUACUGAAAAACAGCUAGAUGCUGUUUCUGAGACUAGCACGUCUCGUUCUGAGCAUGUGUCAGAAGAGCUUGUACCUACAGCCUCUGAAGAAGAGGCUGAUAAACCUAAAGAAAGUAGUUCAGCUUCCAUUAUGAAAGAUAUUAGCAGGGAUAAAGAAUGCAAAACCACUGCACAUUUAACUAAGUCUUCUGAAACACAUGACACAGCUUUAGAGAAAGAAAAAGAUAUAACCUGUGAACGCCGUGUUGUCGUUAAAAGUCCCCAGAAAUUGGAACUUUCACUUGCUAGCCAUGAUAGUGAAAGCUUUAGCCCAGUUGCAGAUGACUCUUUGGCUAUAAGUCAUAAAGACUCACUGGAAGCAAGCCCAGUGCUAGAAGAUAACUCAUCACACAAAACGCCUGAUUCUUUGGAGCCCAGUCCUAUGAAAGAGUCUCCCUGCCGCGAUUCUCUUGAAAGUAGCCCUGUAGAACAAACAGUGAAGGCUGGUAUUUUGGGGCAGGGUCCUCUUCAGCCCGUUCUUAGCAAAGGAGAAACCUACCCAGAGCUGGCAUCGGUGCGUUCCAGGAUUCUCCGUGACCCUGAGGGAAGUGCUGAUGAUGACAGUCUAGAGCAAACAUCCCUCAUGGAGAGUUCAGGGAAAAGUCCUCUUUCACCUGAAACUCCUAGUUCUGAAGAAAUUAGCUAUGAAAUUACACCUAAGACAGCAGACUCACAGGCACUGUCAAACAUACCAAAGUCGGCCAUGAUCCCUGAAGUCAGUGAAGAAGCAGAGGAUGAUUCAGAAGGUGAACCAAAGAAGAGGUUUACCCCAGAAGAGGAGAUGUUUAAAAUGGUGACCAAAAUUAAAACAUUUGAUGAAUUAGAACAAGAAGCAAAGCAGAAAAGAGACUACAAAAAGGAUUGUAAGCAAGAUGAAUCUUCUGUAGAUGCUGAUUCAGAAGCUGCAUGUGAAGCUGAAGAAUCAGAGUCAACAGCUGUAAAAGAAACAGAUAUACCUACAGUGGUGACACCUGCUGCUGAAUCUAGAAAAAGUUCUUCCUCUUCAGAAAGCGAGCCGGAAUUGACUCAGCUGAAAAAAGAAGCCGACUCAGGCCUCUUAAUGGAGCCUGUGAUCCGAGUGCAGCCACCCUCACCAUUACCAUCCAGUAUCGACUCCAGUUCUAGCCCUGAUGAAGGUUUUCAACCCAUUGAUUCAAAACAGUGCUCUUCCAGGGUAGGUGCAGUUAAAGCAGAACAGGAUGAGCCAACAGAAGAUGACAAAAAGGAACCAUGUACCCUUAGGGGCAGCUGUGAGGCUUCCACAAGAGAAUUAGGCACUUGUCAUUCUGAUGGUUGUGUAUCAGCAGAAACCGGUGAAUCAAAAUGUGACAGUACAGAUGACAGUGAGACACUUAGUCCCAAUGCCCCAGUGACACAAUUUGGUGGUACUCUGUAUCAUUCCAUUGGUGACAGUUCUCAAAAAGAAGUUCAUGCUGAGUCUUCACAAACUCUACCACAAUGUGAUACUACUGAAAAAGAUGUCAAAACCACUGCACUGUUACCACACACAGAUCUCAUUGCUACAGGAGCUGUGUCUGACGAAGUAGGUGAUCGUUCUUGUGGACACGGUACCACUGAGUACUGUGUACCACAAGAUUGCAAACUGGCUGAAGAUGAUACCACUGACUGUUCUGCUUUGGGAAAAGCAGCUACAGGUUUUGAAACAUCCCAAAGAGGUAUUUGUGCAGAGGAACCCUUAACAGAGUAUUCAUCCCUUACCACUGAAACAGUGGAACUUGAAAGUUGUGUAGCAGAUGCUGCUGAAAGUAGUGCUCCUUACAUAGUAAGCCCUUAUGAAAAUGUGUCCUCUGAACAUUUCUUUACUGACUCUGAAAGUAAUGUAGGAGCUGGCAGAAGUCCACUAUCUGGGGAAGACUAUUCUGUUGAAGAAGGAAGAGGUCAGACUAGUGAAGCUUUACUUAGCAGAGACCCAGGUAGUGAAUAUCACUCUUCAGAGGAAGUAGAUAAGGAAACAGAGCCAAAACCAGAGGAUGCAUUUCAGAAAACGUCACAAGGGUCUUCAGCAUCAGAUUCCACAAAAUUUGCUGAAUCUGCCUUUGAGGUUGUAAGAGAUGAAACAGAGAAAUUGAUCAGUCAAGUUGUCAUCACUAAAACUGAUGUGGAUUCUGAUAUGUGGAGUGAAAUACGUGAAGAUGAUGAAGCUUUUGAAGCUCGGGUGAAAGAGGAGGAACAAAAGAUAUUUGGGUUGAUGGUAGACAGGCGAUCACAAGGUACAACACCUGAUACAACACCAGCCAGAACACCCACUGAAGAAGGGACGCCACUUAGUGAACAAAAUCCUUUUCUUUUCCAGGAAGGAAAGUUGUUUGAAAUGACUAGAAGUGGAGCCAUUGAUAUGACCAAAAGGAACUAUCCAGAUGAAAGUUUUCACUUCUUCCAAAUGGGGCAGCAGCCUCAGGAAGAAGUUUCUUUGUCUGAAGAAAUGAAAGAAGCAGCAGAGGUGGUAUCUUCUGAGCUGAAAAGCUCACCAGAUCCAUUUUCACCUUCAGAAUUGGAGGACUCAGAUAUACAAGAAAAAGAAACAUUGAAAUACUCACCCCCAGCAUCUGAGCCUAGUGAUAAAUCAGAAGAAGUGACAGUCGAAGGUGUCAGCAUAGGCACGAUGAAAGCAGAUCUUAAAUCCAGAAUUCCAAUUAAAAUGGGUAUUUCAGCUUCUUCAAAAUCACCAAAGAAAGAAACUGCUGCCUCUGAAGCUGAGCCCUUCUGCAGAACAGAGACUGACACGGUCGAUAGCAGUCAGGUGCCUUGCCCUAUCUCUCCUGAGCAGUCUGUAGUAGAAGAUGAAUUAGAUUUUUCCAAAGUCACUAGAUUUGUUUCUUCUGAACGGGGUGAUGAGUCCCCAGACUCUUCACCAGAAGAACAGAGGUCUGUGAUUGAAAUCCCUACUGCUCUAAUGGAGACAGUGCCUUCUUGUGAAAGCAAAUCCAAAAUUCCUGUCCGAACAGCUGCUGCUGCAUUGCAGUCAUUGCAACAAUGGGAAAACGAGAGUCUUCCUACAGACGGCUUCCUAGACAGUUCGCAGUUUGAAGGAAAAGACGACCAAGCAAAACCAAAGUCUAAAAUUCCCGUCAAAACAGCUUCGCAAAAAGCUGAACAACAAUACACACACACAGACACAUCUGUCCGCAAGCUAGAGUCACCCAAAGCUCUCGAUAUGACCAGCAAACUACCUAUGAAACAAGAUAACCGAAGUAAAUCUGAAUCUGAUAGCAGCAUUCCCAUGGACCCAAAGACUAAACGUUCAAUCAAAGCUAGGAGUUACGCAGAGGCAGAAGCAGAGACCAGGGAGAGGGAGAGAGAGAUGAAGCUUGAGCUAGACUCAGAUGAGGCAACAACAGCAAGACCCAAGGUAUUUUCAUCACGGUUACCAGUUAAAAGCAGAAGCACUACAGCCUCCCGCAGUGCUUACAGUCCCACAAAAGAAAGUAAGGAUCAUUUUUUUGACCUUUACAAAAACUCCAUAGAAUUCUUUGAAGAAAUUAGUGAUGAAGCUUCUAAAUUAGUGGAAAGACUCACGCAGUCAGAGAGAGAACAAGAAUUAGUUUCAGAUGAUGAAAGCAGUAGCGCCCUAGAAGUUUCAGUAAUUGAAAAUGUGCCAUCCAGUGAGACCCAGCAGUCAGUUCCUGAAGACAUCUUUGACACCAGACCCAUUUGGGAUGAGUCUGUAGAGACUCAGAUUGAACGUAUCCCUGAUGAAAAUGUCCAUGACCAUACUGAAGAUCAACAGGAUGAUCAGGAAAGGACAGAGGAAAGGCUGGCCCAUAUUGCUGAUCAUCUUGGAUUCAGCUGGACAGAGCUUGCAAGAGAACUGGAUUUCACAGAAGAGCAAAUUCACCAGAUCCGAAUUGAAAAUCCUAAUUCACUUCAAGACCAGAGCCAUGCACUUCUCAAAUACUGGCUUGAAAGGGAUGGGAAACAUGCAACAGAUACAAACCUUACCCAAUGUCUUACAAAAAUCAACCGAAUGGAUAUUGUUCACCUAAUGGAGACCAGCGGCAUAGACUCCAUGCAGGUCCACGGCACUCGCACGUACGCAGAAAUUGAACAAACAAUAGGACUGGACCACAGUGAAGGGUUUUCUGCACUGCCAGAAGAACUGUACAGUUCAAGACAUAAGCAAGAAGAACACCACAGAAUAUCUAAAGACAGUGACCCAACUGAACACCCUCCUAUUGUCUCUGAGGAAGACGUGUCUGUCAGUUAUUCUCCUUUUCAGGACAGUACUCCCAGGAGCGAGGCAGAACUCUCAAUGCCUGAGCUCCUGAGACAAGCACAUAAGGAACAAGUAGAAGCUGAAUUCUCAGGGAAACCCCAAGAUGUGCCAGAAAAAACAUCUGCUCCACAACAUCAAUAUUUUGUCACAACUCCGGGAACAGAGCAGUCCACAGCACCAGUAACUGGAAAAGCAGCAAGCGAAAAAUCUGCGCACUUCCAUGUGGCAAAGGAAGAGAAAGAAAAACCAUCCCCACAGCCCCCAUCAUCUGCUCAGAGAAGUGACUCUCCCAUCAUCCAAGAGCCUGAGGACCCCCAGCUCCACCAGGAUGACCUCUCUCCAAAGAGAACUAGUCUAGUGAUAGUGGAGUCAACUGAUGAGCAGACAGAAAAGUUUGGAAGAGGCUAUGAAGAGGAAUCCAUAGAAAAGGAAGUAGCAGAGGAGUUAGGUGGGCUGGAGACCAGCUCGGAGGACGAGGAGAUGGUAACCACCAGGGUCAUUCGUCGCCGGGUGAUUAUUCAGGCUGAUAGUAUGCCUGAAAUGCCACCAGAAACAGUCACAGAAGAGCAAUAUACAGAUGAACAUGGCCACACAGUGGUAAAGAAGGUCACUAGAAAGAUCAUCCGGCGCUAUGUUUCUCCAGAUGGCACAGAAAAAGAGGAAAUCCUAAUGCAAGGAGCACCACAAACACCUGUCACAGUCGAAGAGGGAGAUGGCUACUCCAAAGUUGUAAAACGGGUUGUGCUGAAGAGCGAGAGUGAACAGUCCGAGGUGACCUUGUCUGAACCCGCUGUUGUGCCCAGUGCCUCCAAAUUCCAGUCUGAACCAGUGGAAGGCCGGAAGGUCAGCAAAGUCAUCAAGACCACUGUAGUGCAAGGAGAGAGAACGGAGAAACAUCUGGGGGAUGCUAGCUUAGCUACUGAUCUUCCGUCAGCCAAAGAGGACUUUGAAGAGGCUUUGAGCUAUACAGGUAACAAAAUCAAAGUCCAACUUCCCACCUUAGUAGAGAAAGAAAUAAUGAAAGAGGACGGAUCAAUUAUUAAAAGGACAACGCUGAGUAAAGCCAACACACAGAAGAGGACUGUGAUGAAGGAUCGGUAUGGGAAACACGUUCACAUAGAAGAGGUGGAAGACACACCAGAAGCGCUACCACAGGAUGACCUCCAACACGACCUCCAGCAGCUUCUUAGACACUUCUGCAAAGAGGACUGGGAACAGGAGGCAAAGUGAGAAGCUGCUACCCCUCGACAUCACCACAUAACCAUCCAUCCAGUAUGCAGCAUUCAUCUUGUCUAGGUGUAGACAUUAUUACCUACAUAAUCACUGGAAGACACUGCCAUUUCUACUUGUGCAGAUGCAGUGAAUUCAUGUCUUCCCCCCCUAUCUGAUUUUGGGUUUUUGUUAUUUUUUUUACCCUGUAAGCUAAUUUGUGACCAAAGAUAGCAUCCUUCAUUCAGGAUGAUUUAUCCACCGAAUCGUCGUCUUUGUGCUGUACUGGGAAUUUGUCAGCAUCGCCACUUCUUGCCCUUCCUUUGCUUCUGCACUAGCUUCAUGAAAUCACGUUUGUCAAGCCAACUUCAUCUACAGGCCUCUUCAAGUGACUAUGUAUAUGCAUCAUAAGAAAAGGGAGUUAACAUGUAAACUGUAUAUAGUAAGAGUAUUUGGACUUACAAGACUGCAGAAAACACACUGCCUAUGACUACAAUUAGCUUCAUGGAUUACAAGGUCUAUUGACACUGCUGAACAGUGAUUAAUAAAAUAAUGUUAACACAAUCAACUGCAAACACAGACUGACUGAGGAGGAAGCACUGCAGAUCUACUGCAUCCUUAAGACUUCCAGUUUAGGGAUCUAUUAUAGUUAAAGGCUCUAAGAGUCAGGCUAAAAACCUGGAAAUUCAGCUGUUCUCAUAGAGUAGUAGCUGACAGUGGCCAUUAAUACUUCUAAGACCUUUGGACAGCCACUUAAAGAUUUCCAGAAAAACAAAAUAAAAUAAAAGAAUACCCAAUUAGGUAACCAACUUGCUAGCAGCUAUAUCUAUGGCACAUUUGCAUACGGUAUUAAAAUCUUUUAGAUCUGGACAUGUGGCAGGGUGUAUUAAACAAUUAUAACUACGGUAGUUUCCUGUUUUCAUCACCGCUUAGCAAACCACACUGUCUAAUUGGUGGUACUUCCCGCUGGCCACUGCACUGUAGAUAACUAUGAAGAAAGACUUACCCACUAUACAAGGAGAAUAAUUAAUUCACCGUGUUUUAUCAAGAUUGCCUCUUAUCUGAUACAUGCAUGUGGCAUUUGAAGGUCAAAACCAAACCCUCCUAUAAUCAUGUCAGCUUGUUAGCCCUCUUAGCACUGAGCGAGCAGUUUUUAUCUUCCAAUCAAGUGUUUUCUAAAGAGAAACUGCUCACAAUCCUUGAAAAGCCAGUUUCUGUUAAUAUUUUGUUAUCUAUAUAUAAUAUAUAUAUUUCUAAACCAACCCUCUGAAAACCACGAUAGCAUGUCUGCACUUUUAUUUUCAAAAAAGGGAACACAGAAUCUGACAUUUUGGGUGUUCUAUACCUCAAUAUUUAAUGGAGGGAGCUCUGAAGUGUUUUAGCCUAUAAUACACACACAAACACACUAAAUGUUUUUAAACAGCUAUUUGAGUUUUUUAAUAGUAUGCUUGAAACCAGAGUAAAACAAAUCCUCUCCUCUAGGAGUAAUACUUUUUCCAAGCUUAUCUGGCCUUCUAUGAUUAAAGGUUUGGUUUUCUUUUCUUUUUAAUGACUCACUCAGUGCUCAGAACAAGGGCACUUCCUCAUUAAGGUAACGAUGCCAAAAGCAUGAAAACAUCUUGGGAGUUCUGGCUUCCUGCAGGAAAACAACCCCAGGUGCCAUGCUAACACUUUUUGGGCAGCAGAAAAAGUGUUUUGGUAGCCAAAACCAAUGAGAUCCGUGAUGAAACAUUUCACAACACGUCACGGUUUAUUGUCAGAGACAGCACAGGUUGAUCUUCAAGAAUGGGGCUCUAAAGAAAUGCAUUUCUGUUGUGUUAUUUGCGGUGCAGAUGAUGUUCUGUGUAACAACAUAAUGGUUAUUCACCUCUUAUUUUGAUUUUUUGCUGUGUUAUCAAAGAACUUGAAUACUGUGAGAAGAAGUGAAUUUUAAGUUGACGAAUCAGCAUCUUGUUCCCAUGGUGAUAACACUAAUUGAAUAUAUCUAUGAGGGCAUGUAUUAGUUAAAAAUUAAAAAAAAAAAUACAACACUAACAAUACAUAGCUGCAAUGUGUACAAUGGCUGAUUUAACUAAAUAAAAAUGUACAAGUGUUAAAUGUAGAAAUAA